CGGAGCACUCAUAUACGUCCCUCUGCACCUUCCCGCCGCUCGUUCCCGCCCGUGCCGCACCUUGCAUCCAACUCUGCUGAAACGGCGUUUGCGCUUACACUGAUUUCGCGUCGCAGCUGAACCCCUUCGAGAAUUUACGAACUCCUCCCCGAUCGCUGAAUCAUGACCUCUGCGCCUCGAUGAAGUUCUGCCGAAAAUACAGGAGCGCCGGCAGUUCCAAUGGCCUCCCCUGAUCCAAAUCAUCGGAGGAACCUCACCACCCCGCAGUCAAUACCUUUGCAAGACCUCAAUCGCCCACCAGACGACGACGACCAUGACCCCCAGGGAGCGGCGCAGCACCGCAGGACGCUCAGCGAUAGAGGGAGGAGCAUGCUCAACAGACAGGUGAAUGCGCUCUCUGGGGGACACUGGGGCUCGCAAUAUAGCCCCAUAGCGGAGCGCUCGCCGAGUCCCACACGCCUGGGCACCCGGCCACCGCACAUAGCUACUGCAUAUCCUGGAGGACAUGCUGGUGCUGUGCCUCAUGAAGAUGGGGAAUACUCGCCUAUAGAGGAUGUUGGCGCCUUCCAGUCCGCUAUCGGAUUUGGCUUCGCAGGUCUCAGCUUCCAAGGCGAAUCGCCGCAUUCGCCUCCUCAGGCGCCGCAUACGCCACCUUCCGCGAGCAGGACUCAACCUCGCCCGCUGCUAACGCAUAGCGACAGCGAUCCCUAUCUGCCCGGACAGGAAUCCGAGGAACUAGGCUACUUCUCUCCCACGUACGAGGACACAGCGCGGUUGACAGACGAACGACAUCUCCAGCCCAUUAGCGGGGCUCCUACCACGCCGAUAUCACCACGAGAUAGAUCUAGCUUCCAAAGUGUACGAUUCUUAACACCAUCCGCAGGCUCGCCGGCCUCGAAGCUGGGUGACGAUCUACACAAUGCUGAAGCUGGAAUGCACAGUCCAGGUGGACUUCGGAGGAACAGCUCAGCCAGGAAACGAUCCCUUUCCCCCUCGGCAAUCGAGUCGCCGCUACACAGGGCUGGGACCAUUAUGCGGAACAUGUCCCAACGUGUGGUUAAUAUCAGCAAUGAGCCCGAGGUUGUCGAACGAGCUAUGCGGAGGAAGUCAUCCUUAAAACACAGAAUGGAUGAGCCGCCUUCGUUCCCAGCGAUGCCAGAGUAUAUCAAUGACGGAUCUACGUCUCCUAUAGAAAAACCACCAACUCCGACGGUUAGAAAAGUCCCAGAUUCUCAAUGGCGACAGCAUGCGAACCCCCUGCGUGGGAAGUCACUUGGCAUAUUCUCUCCGGACAACACACUCAGGUUAUGGCUUUGUGACUUCCUCACACACCCGGCUACUGAGCCUCUUUUACUGGUUCUAAUUCUCAUUCAAACCGUACUUCUAGCGGUAGAUUCCGGACGGAACGUCUUUAAUGAUCCCAGAUCCAAACGCUGGGGCACAUCGGGGAUUGACUACGGCUUGUUGGCUCUGUUCGUUAUCUACACGAUCGAGAUCGUGAUACGAUCUAUAGUCUCUGGGUUCAUGGUGAAUCCUGUGGAAUACAGUACAAUCAACCGCAAAGUUGGACUCCGAGAAGCGGUGUUAAGCAAAGGGCGCGCCGUGUUCAACGCAGACCGACAACCAUCUGUCAAACGUACCGCUUCUACCUUUGAGCCCCAGCAACCCUCUGUCUUACGAAGCUUUACCGCAGUUCAAAUGGAGGCUGACCAUCCUGGCAAUGUUCGACAACAGGCACGCAUUCGACUGGCCCAUCGUGCAUUCCUUCGGCAUUCUUUCAGUAGGCUAGAUUUCAUUGCGGUAGUGUCGUUUUGGAUUGCCUUUGCACUUGGUGUUUCUGGGAUCGAAUCGAGGCGUCACAUCUAUGUCUUUCGAAUGCUGAGUUGUUUGCGCAUUCUUCGACUGCUCAAUCUAACAAGUGGUACAACCGUCAUUCUGCGAAGCUUGAAAAAAGCUGCGCCACUUUUGGUCAACGUUGCAUUUCUCAUCAGCUUCUUUUGGCUCUUGUUUGCUAUUAUUGGUGUGCAAACUUUCAAGUCUAGCUUGCGGCGGAAUUGUGUCUGGAUAGAUCCUGCGGGUAUUUCAAACUAUACUAACGGAAACCAAUUUUGUGGAGGAUAUCGGGACAACAUCACCGGGAAGUCACUGCCAUACCUCACGGCGAAUAAUGAGGCGGGAACAGACAAGCACAAAGGCUUCAUAUGCCCACAGGGUUCAAUUUGCAUUGAGGGAAACAACCCGUACAACGGAACCGUAAGCUUUGACAACAUUUUCCAGUCCCUGGAACUAGUGUUUGUCAUCAUGUCCUCCAAUACAUAUUCCGACCUCCUCUACAAGGUAGCCGAUAGUGACUACCUGGCCGGUGCAUUGUUCUUUGCCGCUGGUAUUGUCAUUAUGAGUCUUUGGUUGAUCAAUUUGCUCAUUGCCGUCAUCACGUCCUCUUUUCAAGUCAUUAGGGAAGAAAGUAAAGUUAGUGCCUUCACUGGCCAAGAAAACGAGCCGAUUUCAGAUGAAGACUCCGAAAGCACUCGAAAGCGCCGUGUGAGCGCUCUAAAGCGAUUCUAUGACAAGUCUUCAUGGCUCUGGAUCCUCGUAAUUUCUUAUGGCUUGAUUUGCCAGUCGCUGCGAAGUGCGAGCAUGAGUCCCCACCGGGAGCGGUUUAUAAAUAUAUCGGAGACCGCAGUUUCCCUCAUAUUGAUGGCCGAAAUCAUCGUACGAUUUCUGGUGGAUUGGCGACAUUUCUUCCAGAACAAGCGUAAUAUCGUGGAUCUCGGCUUGGCAAUAAUCACGACCGUGAUACAGAUACCAGCCGUGAAGCAUGCACGCGACGGGAGACCCUAUGCUUGGUUAACAAUCUUCCAAAUUGUGCGAAUCUACCGGGUGGUAUUGGCUGUACCGCUUACAAGAGAUCUGAUUAUGAUCGUUUUGGGCAACGUUGGCGGUCUACUCAACUUGAUUCUCUUUGUGUUUCUUCUCACCUUUCUUGCCGCAAUAUUCGCAGCUCAAAUCUUUCGUGGAGAAAUCCCAGAGGUAAAUGACGGCGGCGACACCAUCCAAGCUCCCUUCUCAACAAUCUACAAUUCCUUCUUAGGGAUGUACCAAAUACUCUCAAGCGAAAAUUGGACGACGAUCAUGUACAACGUCACCAAUUACGAAGAUUUCUUCAACACUGCUUGGAUCGGAGCUGCGUUUUGCAUUCUAUGGUUUAUCUUUGCCAAUUUCAUCGUGUUGAAUAUGUUUAUUGCUGUCAUUCAAGAGAAUUUCGAUGUCUCUGAAGACGAAAAACGGCUUCAGCAAGUCAAGGCCUUUCUCCAAAAACGAGAUCAUGGAAUGGAAUCUUCGUACGGAAACUUGUCGCUGUCCACAAUUUUCAAACUUGGACAGGCUAGUCGUAAGGACCCUCUAGACUAUGGCACCGCUGCAGCAGAAAUGCUUCUGAAAGACGCCGUUGUUAAAGACUUUCUUGACGAGGGCGAGGAAGGCGUGACCAGCCCCGCCGACGAAGAACCUCAUCCCACACUCCGACCAGCGCCUACGAUAGUGGGAACAGGUCUACUAGGUUCUUUGUGGUCACGAGUAGUAAGCCGAAUUACACAUCAAGAGCCGAACCCGUUCUAUUCCUCAUUGGAGUUCUCGCGAGCUUAUGAAGACCUUGACCCGAGGCAAAUGGCAAAAGAGGUUGUCACCGCGAGUGAACACCGAAAGAAGGCCCAAAGAGAAUACCUUCGAAAGCAUCCAAGAUACAAUGUGUCACUCUUUAUAUUCGGACCUAAUAAUCCCAUCCGACGACUCUGCCAGCGAUUCGUAGGUCCUGGUCGAGGUGGUGAUCGCAUCGAAGGUGUAGCCCCUUCUGUGCCCCUUUGGUAUACCUUUUCGGCACUCAUUUACGCGGCGAUCAUUGCCAUGGUUCUUUUGGCCUGUGUUACCACACCUGUCUACCAGAGAAACUACUUCCUCACUCACAAAUUCAGCGUCAAGAACUGGUUUGUCUUCACGGACAUGGGGUUUGCAAUCUUCUUCAGCGUCGAGGCCAUCAUCAAGGUGAUUGCCGACGGCUUCUUCUGGACCCCCAACGCCUACUUCCGAGGCUCAUGGGGAUUUAUCGAUGGCGUCGUGCUCAUCACGCUUUGGAUUAAUGUUGGCACUUCUUUUUAUAGCGAGGGCCAGGUAACACGAACGGUCGGCGCAUUCAAAGCGCUGCGAGCCCUGAGGCUCCUCAACGUCAGUGACAGUGCUAGGGACCAUUUCCACUCGGUUAUCGUCCGGGGGGGUUGGAAAGUCGUCUCGGCUGCCUUCGUUUCCCUGAGCCUGCUCAUUCCGUUUGCACUUUACGGAUUGAAUCUGUUCGUCGGCAGGAUGCAAGCCUGUAACGAUGAUGGCUCCAAUAUUUUCGAUCUUCGAGAUUGCGUGGGAGAAUACGACAGUUCACCAUACAAUUGGAAUGUCCUAGCUCCUCGUCAAGCCUCUAAUUCCUACUUCGACUUUGACAACUUUGGAAACUCACUCUUCAUACUCUUCCAGAUUGUGUCUCAAGAAGGAUGGAUUGAUGUAAUGUGGGCAUCGGAAGGAAUCACCGGCGUUUUUACCCAGCCUCGACCGUUCGCCUCCCAAGGAAACGCCCUCUUCUUCGUUGUCUUCAACCUCCUCGGUGCUGUCUUCGUGUUAACACUGUUUGUCUCUGUCUUCAUGCGAAAUUACACGGAGCAGACCGGUGUUGCCUUUCUCACUACAGAUCAACGUUCAUGGCUUGAAUUGAGGAAGCUUCUACGACAAAUAUCGCCAUCCAAAAGGCCAUCAUCCAACAAACGGCGAGAAACGUGGGAAGAGUGGUGCUACCGUCGAGCGGUGCGAAAGACUGGGCGUUGGCAAAGAUUCAUUACUUUCCUCCUGAUACUACAUCUCAUCCUUCUCUGUUUAGAAUGGUAUCCAGGCGUGUUUGGAUGGGAUCGAGCACGAGACUUUAUCUUCCUCUUUUUCACUUUGCUUUACAUUGCCAACAUAAUCAUUCGCAUCAUAGGCUUGACCUGGCAGAGGUUCCGCAAGAGCUCGUGGGAUAUUUAUUCCAUCUUUGCGGUUUCAGGUACAUUCAUCACCUCUAUUCUCCUAUUAUCCAACUUCAAGCAAUGGGUCUAUGUACAGCUCCACAAGCUGUGCUUAGUGUCUAUUGCACUACUCUUGAUACCCCGAAACAACCAAUUGGAUCAGCUGUUCAAGACCGCGGCGGCCAGUCUGAGCUCAAUCAUGAACCUGCUUGCCACAUGGUUUGUUCUUUUCCUUGUCUACGCUAUAGCUCUCACUCAAACCUUUGGGCUCACGAGGUUCAACGCGAACGAAACUGGCAACGUCAAUUUCAGAGAUGUUCCGAAGGCCCUUAUCCUCCUGUUCCGCAUGAGUACUGGAGAAGGUUGGAAUCAAAUCAUGGAAGACUUUGCUGGGGUGACGCCACCUUUUUGCGUUACUGGGAAACGGUACUUUGACGGUGAUUGCGGUAGCCCUGAAUGGGCCAGAGCUCUGUUCAUUUCCUGGAACAUACUGAGCAUGUACAUCUUCGUCAAUUUGUUCGUCUCGCUCAUAUACGAGAGCUUCAGUUACGUGUAUCAGAGAAGCAGCGGUCUUUCGGUCAUCAGCCGAGAGGAGAUUCGCCGAUUCAAGCAGGCAUGGGCUGAGUUCGAUCCGAACGGAAGCGGUUACAUCUCAAAAGAAGUCUUUCCCAGGCUUUUGGGAGAACUGUCUGGUGUCUUCGAGAUGAGAAUCUACGAUGGCGACUUCACCGUUCGCCGACUUAUCGAGGACUGCAGUACAACCAGGAGGCAAUCUGGACUCCCUGUAGAAGGGCAUGAUCUAGCACCUGAGAUCGACCUUGCCAAACUCAACCGUCGUCUAGCCGAGCUGCCACAGGUAGAAAUCCGAAAGAGAAGGGCACGCAUGAACACGUUCUACGAAGAAGUGCUUGUCUCAAGCGAUCCUGACAAGGGCAUUGCAUUCAAUGCACUGCUCAUGAUCCUGGCUCAUUACAAGGUCAUCAACGACAACAAGAGCUUGAGACUGGAAGAAUUCCUUCGUCGCCGAGCGCGCCUCCAGCGUGUAGAGGAGGCCGUACGACGAAACGUAGUCGUAGGGUUCUUUGACACACUCUUCUGGGCUCGCAAGUUCCGCCGCGCCCAAGACAUCAAGAACUCAGGACGCAUGACACAAGUGCCACAGUUCACGGUGCCGGAGAUUUUCGUCGAUGACGAGGACAUUACCAACGCGCAACGGGCACAUCCGCCUGGCAUUAGUCCGUUGCUCUCACCGGUCGACCUGUCCCCACUCGACCACGACUGGCGUGCAACUGGCAGUGAUCUCACGUCGCCGUCGCCGCCAGCGGACAUGGCACUGCGCAGUCGUGCAAACUCAAUCCAGGUCUCGCCAAGCGCGUCUCCAACGCGAGCGGGAUUCUCAACCUCUCCAGCGGGCUCGCCAUACAACGCUCCUGCAGACAGCAGACCAGCAGACUGGCAGUUCGCCAGCGCCCUCAGCCGGCCGCCAAGUCCGCUCGAGGUCGACCCCGGGCCAGCUGGAGCACGCAGCAGGGCCAACAGCAGCGUCAGCGCACAAGACGUUUUGGAGGUGCUCGACAACUCGGCGUGGGGCGAAAGCAUUCGGCGCAGUUUCACGCUGCGACGGCCGCCAGGACGGUGAGGCAGGCCGUUUGCUCGAGCACUUUCCUUUGUCACAGCAUGGUGUUUUACGGAGGCCGAUGUUUGGCCAUGGGGCAUGAUCUACGCCGGGGGCUGGGGCUGCGCAGGGUGGAGGAACGUGAUAACGGAGGGCAGGAGCAAGGGCCGUGGAAACAGCGGCCGUGCAUACGGGCUGCCCGUGGUUGCAUUGGUGUCUACGAGGAAGUAGGGCAGAAGGGCAUGUCUGGGUGGCGGCGCACGGGAUGGGCUUGGAGCGUUUUGGGCGUCGGCAUUUGCAUAUAUGUAUGGUCUUGUACAUGUACAACAAGAACGAGGGCGCGGCCUGCGCGUAUUGGCGGUGUUGGAGCUUGGGGGCGGCGGGCUGGUGUGGAGCGAGUAGAUACUUGUCUUUGGCAGCAUAGCGACGGCGUUGACGGGCUAGAAUGUUACCUGUACAGGCAC